AGGAUAACAAAUAAAUGAUCCACACGUUUCUAUGGUAACAAACCACAGUUCCCCACCGUAUAAUCAUGGCGGAUGAUUUGGACGAUUUACUUGAUGAAGUCGAAUCAAAGUUUUGUUGUAGCACCUCGGCGUCCAAACAGUCAAGUUAUGUUUCAAAACAAACGGACCAAAAUUGUGUGAAUCCCAAGGACAAGAAACAGUCAAGAAAACAAGGCGGUAAAAGAGCUGAACACGAGAAUGAUGAUAUUGACGCUAUGCUGCAGGAAAUUCUGGAUGAUGAUUAUCAACCCAUCAGCACACAUGAUGAACCCAUUUCAGGAAAGACAUCCACAAGUGAUUCCUUUUCUCAGACUAUGCCCAAGAAAUGUUGCCCUGUGUUUCUUGGUAUGAGCUCUAUACUACAUGGUAUUGGAACCAGCGUUUCUCAAAGGGCCUGCAACCGAUUAAGAUGUACCUCUUGUGACUUCAGCGUACUCAUGUUUGACGAUCAUGAGUGGGACUCGUCCUGCAACUAUUUAUUUUUCAGGAACAACAUGCCGGAUCAUAACAAACUAAAAGCCAAACUGAGGAGGAGAAAGGGUGUGCGUGCGUAUGCCUGCCAGUGUAGCUGGCACUCUGCCCUGUCCCUCUCAGACCUGAGGGAGCAACAGCAGCUGAAGUGGGUUUGCGGCAAACACAAAGCAGGAACUUGAGUCUGCAACAGUUCUCCCUCUGAAAUCUCAUCUGUGUCCCCCAGCAAGUGUUGUGUGCUCCCCUCCUCACAUAAGAGAAUGCUGGCCAUUUUCAAAAA